AUGGCUCAAGACAGCGACAAGCCUACUGCCGCCGACAAGGGAAAGGGCAAGGCGGUUGAGAAUGGCAAGCCUGAUGAUGUUCUCAAGGAGAAGGAUAAGGAUGGCAAGCCUCUUGCGAAUGGAAAGAAGGCCGACGACAAGGAUGACACUACAGAAGAGCUCAGUGAGGAAGACCAACAACUCAAGAGCGAGCUCGACAUGCUCGUUGAGCGCUUGACGGAGCCCGACUCGUCCCUCUACAAACCAGCCUUGGAGGCCAUGAAGAACUUCAUCAAGACAUCCACAUCAUCCAUGACCGCUGUCCCGAAGCCGCUGAAGUUUCUCCGACCCCACUACGAGACCAUGACCGACCUAUACGAGAAUUGGCCAGCAGGCGACGACAAGAACUCAUUGGCUGACGUGCUGUCCGUGAUCGGCAUGACUUUCUCAGAUGAAGACCGACAAGAUACUUUAAAGUACAGGCUGUUGGCACCAACGCAGGACAUUGGCUCCUGGGGGCAUGAGUAUGUACGGCAUCUGGCUCUGGAGAUCGGAGAGGUCUACGCCAAGAGGAUCACAGCCGAGGAAACCACCUCCGACUUGGUGGAUCUGGCGCUGUCCCUAGUGCCUCUAUUUCUUAAGAGCAACGCGGAGGCCGAUGCGGUUGAUCUGAUGAGCGAGCUGGAGAUCAUUGAAAAGCUUCCGGAGUUCAUCGACGAAGAGACUUACUCCAGAGUUUGCUUGUACAUGGUCUCUAUGGUCAACCUUCUGACAUAUCCAGACAACGAGCUGUUCCUUCGUGUCGCUCAUGACAUAUACAAGGAAUACAACCAAUACACACAGGCCAUGGUCCUGGCGAUCCGUCUCAAUGAUACGGAGCAGAUCAAGGCAGACUUCGAGGCAGCUACGGACCCCACACUGAAGAAGCAGUUGGCGUUCCUGAUCGCGCGGCAGAGGAUAUUCCUUGACUCGGAGGAUGAGGAUCCCGAAGUGCAAGAGAGUCUCAGCAAUCUUCGUUUGUCAGAGCACUUCAAGACGCUUGGCAAGGAGCUUAACAUUCUCGACCCCAAGACGACCGAGGACAUUUACAAGAGCCAUCUUGAGAGCAGCCGUGUGGCUGGGAUGACCAACCUGGACUCCGCUCGUCACAAUCUGGCUGCAGGAUUUGUCAAUGCCUUCGUGAAUGCUGGCUUCGGCAACGACAAGAUGAUGCUGGUUGACAAAGACACUAACAGCUGGGUGUGGAAGACCAAGGACGAAGGCAUGAUGUCAACAGUUGCAUCAUUGGGAACUCUGCUCCUUUGGGAUGUCGAGAAUGGCCUCGACAAGAUCGACAAAUACACAUACUCUGAGGAGCCGCAAAUCGUUGCGGGCGCUAUGCUUGCUAUCGGAAUCAUGAACGCCGGCGUGAAGAUGGACUCGGAGCCUGUCAUGGCCCUGCUUGGAGAGCCCGAAAAGCUCGAGCACUCCAACCCUCUCAUCCGUGUUGCUUCGAUCAUGGGACUUGGCCUGACAUACGCCGGCUCUAACAAGGAAGAGCUGCUUGAGAAGCUUCUGCCUAUCAUUAACGACACAACACAGGAUAUGCAGAUUUCAGCCAUGGCAGCGUUGGCCUGCGGUCUGAUUUUCGUCGGCACAUCUCACCCAGACGUGACAGAAGCAAUCAUCACGACUUUGCUGGAUGACGAGCGUCAGAACCAGUUGAAGGACAAAUGGACACGAUUCCUGGCUCUGGGACUUGGCCUGCUUUUCUUCGGCAAGCAAGAAGAAGUAGAUGUUAUUCUGGAGACACUCAAGGCUAUCGACCACCCUGCAGCGAAGCCCACCGCCGUUCUGGCUGAGAUAUGUGCUUGGGCAGGCACUGGCGCUGUGCUGAAGAUCCAAGAGCUCCUGCACAUGUGCAAUGAGCACAUGGAGGAGUCUGACGAGAAGAAGGGAGAUGAGUUGGUGCAAUCUUACGCCGUACUUGGCCUCGGCUUGCUUGCCAUGGGCGAAGAAGUUGGCCAGGAGAUGGUGCUUCGCCAGUUCGGCCAUCUGAUGCACUAUGGUGAGCCCAACAUUCGCCGCGCCGUUCCUCUGGCCAUGGGCUUGAUCAGUCCAAGCAAUCCUCAGAUGAAAGUCUACGACACCCUCUCACGAUACAGUCACGACAACGAUAACGACGUUGCGAUCAACGCCAUCUUUGCCAUGGGCCUGCUCGGUGCCGGUACAAACAAUGCCAGGUUAGCGCAACUGCUCCGGCAAUUGGCAAGUUACUACCACCGUGAGAAGGAGUCACUGUUCAUGGUACGAAUUGCUCAAGGUCUCCUGCACAUGGGCAAGGGUACCAUGUCACUCAGCCCCUUCCACACUGACCGACAGAUCCUGUCGCGGGUCUCAUGUGCGGGUCUACUAGCUGUGCUCGUCGCCAUGAUUGACGCUAAGCAAUUCAUCACCAAGAACUCUCACUAUCUCUUGUACUUUUUGGUUACCGCCAUGCACCCACGCUUCCUCGUCACGCUUGACGAGAACCUCAAGCCCCUAACAGUCAACGUCCGCGUUGGUCAGGCGGUUGAUGUCGUCGGCCAAGCUGGUCGCCCUAAGACCAUCACUGGGUGGCAGACGCAGAGCACCCCUGUACUGCUGGGAUACGGCGAGCGGGCGGAGCUCGAGGACGAGGAAUACAUCAGCGUGAGCAAUGUGCUCGAGGGUCUUGUAAUUCUCAAGAAGAACCCGGAGUGGGAAGACGGCAGCAGGAGACACGAUGCGCUGCAGAUCAUGAACAAGGUCAUGUUCAUUGGGCUACUCAUUGAGUAA